AUCCUGGGCAUGACUUGUGAUAAUGCCACCAACAAUGACAUGAUGGUAAACAAGCUCAGCAAUCUCAUACCAGACUUUGGCAGCCCAGCCAGCCAUACACACUGCUUCUUGCACAUUGUCAACUUGAUUGCCAAGUCUUUAACAUGUCAUUUUGAU